CGAAGAUAAACACAGAAGGGGAAAACUCACUGAAGAUGUUUCAGACGUUGUUGCGCUGAGCAGCUGUCAUCAAAAACCUCAGUUCUGAGUUCAGUCCACAACUGAGGAGCAUUAAUACAAUGUCUUCUAGACAGACUAAGGAAGAGCUGGAUGCUGAGUUUAGGAAGUUCCUGAAAGAGUCUGUUUCAGAUGACUCUGUGGAUUUAAGCAGCCCUGAGGAGCAGCCCAAAACCAGAAGCAGCCAGAAAUCCAGUCAGAAACCGACAGUUUUAUGGUGGCAAGAUGAAAACAGCAGUGGCGCAGAGUCAUCCAAACAAAGUUUGAUUAAAACCCAAAAGCACCUGACUGAGCACAGCAAGGCAGUCAGGAGUGAUUCCCAUCAAAAGCCUGUUAUCAAACCUCGCAGCAAGACUCCUGAUUCACACAUCAAAUCUGACAAGAUUCCUACAGCAAAGACUUUUGAUGUUUCCCAAAGAACUUCAUCAGAAAGUCAAAGAUGUCCCACUCAUGAAACCCAUCAGAAAGUCCCAGAGAGGUGUCCUGAUGAAGCCAAGGGCAUUCCAUCUGCUAACAAUGAUGGUGCACUCCCCCUUAGAGGCAUUGACGAAUCAUCGAAGACACGAGGAGGGAACAUGAGUGCUAUGGGACUGGACACUCUAGAGGAAGAGGAGGAGAAAGCCAGGUUCUUUGCACAGAUAGAGGCAGGAGGUUCUUCAGUCAUAGAUUAUUCCAAGCUGAACAGAGAGUUGGAUUCAAGCCGUUCUACCUUUGGCACUGAACUUGGGAAAGAGGAUGAGCCAGCAGCGGAGCCUUCUGCUUCAGCAAAAUCUGUGGGAGAGUCUUCAGGUAGGAAUUCUGAGGAACAACCCUGUUUGAGUCUCUCUGGGUUUCCUCAUCUCUCUUUUCUCUCAGCCCACUCUGGCUCCUCACAAUACAGUGAAGAUUUUGAAGAUGAGGAUGGCAUAAAAGAGUUGCAAGCGAAGAACUCUAAAUUGUCCCCAGAUCUUGCAAGAGCCCAGUUGUAUGCACAGAGUGGAGGGUCAGAGGUGGAGUCUGUUCAGGAAGCUUACAGACAGAUUCACUCUGUGGAGGGCUGCGAUAGUCACCACUGUCUCCCUCUAGAGGAUGAAGGGAAGACCGGCAUGCCAGUAUCUUCAUCGUCUCUUUCUCAGCAGUCUCUGCAGCCUUUUUCUACCAAUUGCUCAGACUUACCCACAGCAGAGGAGCUGAUUAGGCCCAUACGAGCAGAAGACCACUCCAAAGGCUUUACUCUGCAGCCUGUCAGUCAGGAACUGAGGACAUUCCCACGUGUGACUCCAUCAGCGAUGGACCUGGAGCAACCUGGACAGAGCCACUACAGAAUUACAGAACACCCCGACCAUGACCUGACCUCCAGUAUCAGGAAGGAAGUGGAAAGACUGAUGCAGGAACAGAAUAAACAUUUUCCCCAAACUCUGUCACUGACAUCCCAGGGCUCCUCUGUGUUCCGUUCCUGCAUGCUGUCUGAAAGGAAGCUUCUUCUUGCUCCGUCCAGAGGCAGGUUUGGGGACAGCAAGGCCGCUGGGAAGAUGAGCAAAGCUUCUCCCACACCCAAAGCCCCCCCUACAACAAACAAAUCUACAAAAAAACAAGAACAAGACAGUGAUGGUGCUGCAGCAGAGACAAGUGUGAGGGUAAGCAGUGAGCCAGUGGCGUCCGUUCAGUCCACCAGCAAUCUCCAUCAUGCUGUGCCUCAGGACUGCAGCUGUACACAAGCCCCUCCUCAGAUCGCAGACAGUUCUGUGAUUGAGGCAUUAAGAGCACAGCUGGCCCACAAGGAAAACGAGCUGAAGAUGAUGAAGGAUGAUGUUGAGGAGGCCAACUCACUAAGACAACAGAACUACCUGCUGCAGAGCAAGCUGCGCAGUACAGAGGAAGCCAGUCAGAGAUGGCGACUGGAGGCUGCAAAUCCUGCCACUGAGGACAAAAUCCAGCUAAUAGAGAAAGAAAUGAAGGAGCAGGAGAUACUCAUCAAAGGUUAUCAGCAGGAGAAUGAGAAGCUCUAUGUAGAGAUGAAGGCUGAGCAGAGCAGGAGUAAAGCCAAUCAGGACGCCAUGUUUAAUGAGAACCAGGGGCUGCUCAGCCAGCUGGUUGACACCAGGGAGCAGCUGAGAAGAAGCUCCAGGCCUGUGUGCAACGUGUGCACAAUGGAUCACACUAAACACAUCUCUGAUUUGUUGGCUCAAAUCAACACCUACCAGCAGAACGAGGCCAGGCUGUGUGAGGAGAACAGGAGGCUGGAGCAGGAGAAGCAGUCCCUACAAGUGGAGCUGCAACUGAUGAAACAGGAGCAGGAGCUGGCCAAAGCGCAGGCCUUCUCCACCUCAGGGGGAGAUGAGAUGUCUGAGCUGCAGGGCCUGCAGCAGGAGCACAGGGAGGAGGUGGCAGCUCUCAAGAACAAGCUGCAGUGGUUUGAAGAGAACCAGGAGGUGCUGGACAGAGAUGCUGGCCGGCUAAAAGCAGCAACAGCUGAGAUACUCCAACUCAAAGAACAGGUGGAAAACCUGAAGAGGGAAGUAGGCAAAAGAAGCAGUUAUGUGCAGAGAAUGCGGGAUCUGCAGCGGCAGGUCAAAGAAUUGGAGCACAUCCUGCGAAGCAGCAACCCAAACUCGCUACCAGCCCUCAUCUAUGCUGCAGCCACGGCCACUGGCGGGGAGAAGGCCACCUCCAGCGGGUUGUACCACCCCAGCACAGUCAAUGUUCUGCAGGAGCGAAGGAUUCAGCAGCUGGAGUCUGAGCUGGAAAGUCACAAUGAAGAGGCCAAGCGAACCCUGAAGGCCAUAGAGCAGCAGUUCCACCAGAUCAAGCUACGCUACGAGCAACAGAUAUGUGAACUGGAGCAGCAGCUGAAACAACAUCCGCCCUCAGCAGCGACCAGGGUGGCAAAGGCGAAGUCAGAUGCAUGGAUGUCUAAAUGUCAGCUUCUGGAAGAGGAGCUGCGGCGGGUCCAGGACAGACACCAGCAGAAAGACAAAUUUCUGCAGGACCAGAUAGAGUCUCUGCAGCAGCAGCUCAAACACAAGGCACAACAGAGUCCAGGGCGACACCAGCGCCAAGCUGAGGCGGCUUUUGGAGGCCGGAUCGAGUGGCUGAACCAGGAGCUGGCCGGGAGCCGCACCAUUCAGGAGCCGAGCUGGACCGUAGAGAGGCUGCAGAGGGAGCCCAGAACCAUGCUGUCUAUGCCCUGCCAGCGAUCAGAGAGCUAUUCAGCAGAGAGCAGAGCGCAGGAAUCUGCUGCUGCAGCAGAUAGCAGCUCACAAGCAGGAAGGUUUCCUGCAGCUCAGUAUGAGAAGACCUACCAGCCCUCUGUGUUCACAGGAAACCAUGUCUCUGAACUGCAGCAAGAGAACGAGGCUCUGAGACAGCGUGUGGAACUGCUUCAGCUGCAGAGUGAGCAGAAGAAGGAGGAACUGAAGGCCAAUGCAGUUCAAGCAAAGGAGGAGCUAGGCAGGCUGAAAGAAGAAUUUGCAGAGCAGCUCUCCUGUGUGAAGACUGAACAACUCAGGGUGCAGGAGUAUCUGCAAGCCACUCAUGCCAUGGAGCAGUCAUCCUCCAAGGUGGCAGAUCUGACCAAUAAGCUCAACAGCCAGGAGAUAGCAAUGAAACACCUACAGCAGCAGCUGAAGGAGCUGCAGGAAUGUAAAGAGGCUCUCUCCAUUUCCAGGCACAGAGAAGAAGCGAUGCAGAAGCAGUUAACCAGACUGCUCCAGGAACUGAAGGAAGCUAAAGAAGCUCAGAGCUCUGAGCUGAAACUUCUGUGCAGUCUGGAGAGGAAGAUCAUUAGCAUGGAGCUCAGACAUGAGCAUAGACAGAAGGAGCUGCAGCAGGUUGUUGCCGAAACGUAUCAGAUGUCAACAGCUGACCUGCAGUCAGAAGUGGAGCGGUGGUGGCGCCUGGCUCGAGACAAGAGCAGAGAGCUGGAUGCUUUCCGCUCAGAGCUGGAGUCCAUACUGGACAUUCUGAGACAUCUGCAGAAAUACGGAGCGGUCCUCCCUACUCUCGAACCUGGGGAUCUAGCCCGUCUCCUGUAGAGUACUUACUGUAACCAUGGAAACUUCACAGUGGCGUUAAUGUUAGCCAGCACAUAGAAGAUACUGUUCUCAGAUCAGUGCUUUUAACAGAGACAGGCAUUUUCAAGUUUUUGCAUGCAGCCUGUUGCUUUUAUUUUUUCAAUAUUUUUUUUAAAUAAUUUUUCAAUUAUUUUAUUUUACCACUUUAAUUAUUUUACUUUCCCAGAAGAGUAUAUUCAACAAUGUUGAUCUAUCUUCAACAUUAUCUUUUUCUUUGUUGUUGAGAUACUUUUUAUACUCUGCCGAGCACAACUUGGCUGCAUUGUUUACGCCACCGAUCAGCUGAUUGCACUCAUUUUGUCUCGUUCAUUGUAAACCUCCUCGCAGAAGUGCACACUACAGAUCAUCGUGUUAGUUGUGAAAAUUUUAUUUUUUUGUGCUGAAAAUUGUUGAAUUCAAUACAGUUAAGACAUAUCCUUGUAAUAAGUAAUAGAUUAAUAAGUAAAAGAUCUAAAUGAAACUUUAAAACACUCCAAUGUAGUAUCAAUUCCUUAGAUCCCAAUUUUCUACUUCUUUUGCUGAAAUAAAGCAGUUUUUUACACUUUACUGUGAAACUCACCCACAACACAAUAAUUAAUCAUUGUUCUAGUCUAAAACCUUUGUUCAGUAUUCUGAGGUGUUAAAAGAAAAUUAACAAUCAUUCCAUUUUUCUUCCGU